CGUCUCUCUGCCCUUUCUGUGGGCGUCAGACGAAUUCAGACAAAACUUGAUUGAAGGUUGAAACCAUAGAGGAUAAAGACCACCCAGAAUAUUCAUUGUCCAAAAUUCUCACACCUGCAAGCGAUCUCGAUUCGAUCUUCACUAUGUCUGCAACAUCACAGCCUCAAUCGGCCAAUAUAUCAGAGAUUGCUAGAGACAUAUAUCUAUGGAGGAGCAAGAAGCUUUCAGUCACUGUUCUUACUGUGGCAACAGCUAUCUGGGUUUUACUAGAUGUUUAUGAAUUCAACUUCAUCACUGUUGCUUCAUGGCUGUCCAUGUUUAUUGUUUCUUCACUCUUCUUAUAUGCCAAUCUACUCAGGCUUCUGGGCAAGCAGCCACCGGACUUGUCUGGACUGGAGAUUACAGAGGAACAAGCUGUCGUGAUGGCGAAUUCAUGUCGAGAAAUGAUGGAAGAAUUUGUGAGAUGGAUGUUUAGAGUGAGUGCUGAGGGAGAUUGGUUUGAAUUUGCUAAAACAGUGGCUGGGUUGUUGUUACUCUCCUAUGUGGCCAGUUGCUGUGAUCUGCUAACACUUCUUUACAUAGGAAUUGUGACAUGCAUGACAAUUCCAGUAAUGUAUGCGAAGAAUGAGGAGAAGAUAAAGAGGUGCAGAGAUUGGAUAAUGGCAGAAUUGAGGUGGUUUUAUGAGAUGAUAGACAAUAAGGUAAUCAAGAACAUCAAGAACAGGAUGUCGGUGGUUAAAGAGACAAAGCACAAGAAGGUUCAGUAGUUGUUUUAUGUAUGUUUUCGUGGGGAAUAAAGGUCUUAUGUACAGUAUUAUGUAUGUCCAUGUUCUUUUUCAUGGUGUUUUGUAAUUUAUGGAUUUAUUGCCUUCGAUCGGGUUUGCAAAAUAUUAAUACGUAUGCUCCAA